AUGAGCUUUGUUGGUAUUUUGCAGGAGUCGCAUUUCCUCACCGGGCUAGGCUUGAAAAGGAGUGAUUUGGAGCCGAAAGCAAAUGGCUGCAGGAAAGUGUACGUCUGGCAUACGCGAACCGAAGUUGCUCAGCUUAUAACAACAGAAAGAGAGAAAUUCUGGCAUGGCGUGCUGAACGAAACCGAAGUCGAUGCCGUCCGUUGA